AUGGCAGAGAAAGGCACUUUUCGCAACGGUCCAGUAACGAAGGUAGACCCGAAGCCGCGUGCUUGUGCGGAAGAGGAGCGCGCUACAAAGGACCAAGCAGUGCGGCAAGCCUGCGAUUCAAUUUUCGUUCAAGCGAAUGUUGUUACCGUGAAGGAACUCAUGGACGCCCAGAAGGGAUCAGAGGCUUCGAAGCCGGCAGAGGUCUCAUCGGUGCCGCCGCGUGCUGUUGAGAACAGCCACAAGAAGAUAUUACAACCUGAAGGUAACGUCUCAAAUGUCGGUGUUGAUGGGAGCCCUGACCAGGUCGUCGGUCGCAAGCGCCCCGUCGCCGACGCUUCUGAGGCCAAGCAACCCGCCCAGAAGCGACGUAAGAUCCUCAACACUCGAGCGACCCCUCUUCCAGAUACUGUAACCCGGAAUGAUGCGAGGAUCAAGCCUGGCUACACUGGUAUGGCGAGGCCACGGUCCGCGGCGCCAACUGCCAAGUUCGGUAACAGUCUGAACCAACAACGUGAAAGUGUGAGCGACUCUGGUGACAGUGGCACCCGGCUUCUCGAAGUCAAUGGCCGCAGAAAACGCGUCGUCAUCGAGGACUCUGACGAUGAAGAGGAGGCACCGGCUCCAAAACGCCAUUGUCCUGAAACUGCUGGCGCCCCAGGUGGUCGAUCUUGCAGCAAGUCACCCGAAGACGCGGUCCAUAAGCCGAGCAUCGUCCUUGAAAAGAAGGCCGACCCAUGCAAGCGAAAGCGCGAUGAUGACAAAGACGAAUUCGAGCACCAGGCGGACAACGAUCGCUUGAGAGCCCGUAAGAGCCAAAGAAGUGAUUCUGGGUCUGACAAAGAGAACAAACGCAGCCCGGCGAGUUCAACCAGUAGUCAGACAAGCAUUAAGGCUCCCCAAAGACCACCGAAGACCAUCUCUGCUAAGAAAGUUCCCGCCAAAGGAUCUUUUGCAGAGUUGAUGGCACGGGCGGAGAAGGUGAAAGCAGAGAACGCCGAACAAGUCCAGCAGAUCGGCAUGAUCAGACACCGACCUACCGGUCGGCCAGUAUUCUCCACAAGAAGCAUCUAUGCCGGAAGGCCAGAGGCCGUACCUAAUGAAUCCAUCACAACCAGCAAGCGACCUCUCACCGAUGCACAGUUCGAGGCUCUUCGCUCAGCUGCGGAAAUGGCUCAAAAGAAAUUGGACGACGCCCUGGACCUCGCCGUGGACCCCAAAACACGGAAAUAUGUGUUCAAAAACCUCAUUGGCAAAAGUCGUGGAGAGAAAGCCAAGAUAACAAAGAAUCGGGAAAAGUGGCACGGGAUAAUCGAGGAUUUUAGGGAGGCCAGGAACGCAAGGCAAAAGGCACUCGCAGCGACAGAAGCGAAAGCCCAGAUCUCCGACAACGAGAAGAAGGAGCCACGGCUCACGCAGUAG